ACCAAGGCAAUGAAUUAAUGAGCUUCCUCACUUCUUUAUCCAGUUGUUCCAAUCUACGAAUACUAGAUUUGGCUACGAAUCAUUUUAAAGGUUUGUUGCCCCAUUCUAUUGCAAAUCUCUCCACCAAGAUCACUUGGUUUGCUCUAGAAGACAACUAUAUAUCUGGAAACAUACCUUUUGGUAUUGGGAACCUUGUAAAUUUGCGAUACCUCUUUCUAAGUCAGAAUUUGCUGACAGGUAGUAUUCCAAAUUCCAUUGGAAAACUCUCCAUGUUGGAAAAGCUCUUGGUUCAAUACAAUAACAUUUCUAGAGAGAUUCCAUCAUCUAUUAGAAACCUGAGUAGGUUUGGUGCACUUGACCUAUCAACAAAUAUGAUUGAGGGAAGCAUUUCAAUUUCUUUAGGCAAUUGUACCAAUCUACAACAAAUUUAUCUUGAUUACAAUCAUCUCACAGGAGCAAUACCUUAUCAAAUCUUUGGUUUGGCUUCCCUCUUUAAUUUAUCCUUGAGUCAAAAUUACUUAACAGGACUACUUCCACAAGAAGUAGGUAACUUCAAAAAUCUGGGUGGACUAUAUGUAUCAAAGAAUAAACUAUUUGGAGAAAUCCCCACCACUCUCGGCAAUUGUGAGGUUUUAGAAUUCCUCUACAUCGAUGGUAACCUUUUCGAAGGUACAAUUCCAACGGCCUUUAGACAAUUGAAAGGUAUUCAAGAACUAGAUGUUUCUAGGAACAACUUGUCCGGACAGAUUCCAAGGUUUCUCGGGGAAUUUUGGUUCUUUCAAUAUCUCAAUCUUUCCUACAAUAUGUUUGAUGGUGAAGUUCCGAAUGGAGGAGUUUCACAAACAUUAGUGCCUUCUCAAUUGUUGGAAAUAGUAAGCUAUGCGGAGGAAUUAAACUAUUGCAAUUGCCUGCAUGCCCGAUGGAAGCCUUAAAUGAAAGGAAACGACCUUCCAACCAUAGAGUAAUAGUUCUAGUAGUUACUCUCACUAUUGUUGUAUUAUCAUUGUGCAUUCUAGCUAUUCUUUACUGGAACAGAAGGUCAAGACAACAAGUCAAUUUAGCCUCACUCUUGCAAAACCAAUAUCCACAACUCUCUUAUGGAGAACUUUUUCAAGCAACCAAUGGGUUCUCUCCAUCCAACUUAAUUGGUGAGGGAGGAUAUGGUUCUGUUUAUAAAGGGAUUCUCAACUCCGAUGAACAAAUUAUUGCUGUGAAGGUGCUCAAACUACACAAACGUGGAGCGAACAAGAGUUUUGUUACAGAAUGUGAAGCAUUGAAGAACAUUCGCCAUUGAAAUCUUGUCAAGAUAAUUACAGCUUGCUCAAGCAUUGAUUUUAAAGGCAACGACUUCAAGGCUUUGGUCUUCAAGUUCAUGGAAAAUGGAAGCUUAGAAAAUUGGGUACACCCAAGUCUUUAGAGCAACAUGAACCUAAGAACUUGAACUUUGUUCAAAGGCUAAACAUUGCCAUUGAUGUGGCAUGUGCAUUGGAUUAUCUUCAUCAUCAUUGUGAAAUGGCUUUUAUUCAUUGUGAUUUAAAGCCAAGUAAUAUUCUUCUUGACGGUGAUUUGUGUGCCCAUGUUAGUGAUUUUGGCUUGGCAAAGAUUUUUUCAGCAACCAAUGGAAUUUCUAUUCAUCAGCAAUCAAGUUCAAUUGGGAUCAGAGGAACAAUUGGCUAUGUUACCCCAGAGUAUGGUAUGGGUGAGGAGGUAUCAACGCAAGGUGAUAUGUACAGUUAUGGAGUGUUACUACUAGAAAUGUUCACAGGAAAA